GCACACUGAUCAUCAGUGCCCUGAUGAUCAGUGUACAUGUCCCUUCCACGGAAAGCCGAUUACCGGCUCUCCUCUCGAGCUGUCAGCGUGACAGCUCAAGAGGAGAGAAAUGCCGAUAACCGACAUUUCCCUGUUUACAUGUGAUCAGCUUUGUCAGAGCGGGGAUUGGCACUGAUCAUCAGUGCCCUGAUGAUUGGUGCCCAGCAGUGCAACACACAAGUUCCGCCCACCUGUGCCCAGCAGUGCCACCCACCUGUGCCCAGCAAUGCACCCACCUGUGCCCAGCAGUGCCACCCACCUGUGCCCACCCACCUGUGCCCAGCAGUGCCACCCACCUGUGCCCACCCACCUGUGCCACCCACCUGUGCCCACCAGUGCCACCCACCUGUGCCCACCAGU